AUGAUGCGACUUUGCAUCAUAUCGAUAGUAUGCAUCCUUCUUAGUCUGCUGGCAGGCUCAACACAAGCGCAUAUGAUCGAAUUAGCACCUAGCGGAGAAGAAUGUUUCUUUGAAGAUCUUAAUCCGGGAGAUCAAAUGACAUUAACUUAUCAAGUUGGAGGUGGUGGGAAUUUAGACGUGGACGUGAUCCUAACAGAUCCAAAUCAUGAUAAGCUAUUUGAACUUCAACGAAAAGAUACAGGAACUUAUAGUCUUACGGCAGCACAUUCAGGUCGAUACACGUAUUGCUUCAGCAACAAAUUCAGCCAUGUUUCCGAUAAGACUGUCAGCUUCAACGUACAUGGAAUCAUCUAUGUUCCGGAUGAUGGCGAAAUGCUACCGAUCGAAAGAGAGAUUCGUGACCUUGCCGCCGGUCUACAAGCAAUCAAAGAUGAACAAGAAUAUCUUGUGAUUCGUGAACGUGUUCAUAGAAAUACUGCCGAAUCGACAUUCUCCCGCGUGAAAUGGUGGUCAGUCAUACAAGCAUUCCUCUUGAUCGGAGCUUGUUCAUUCCAAGUGUACUUUGUUAAACGACAAUUCGAAGUCAGACGGGUCAUAUGA